AUGAAAUUCGCUGAGCAUUUGGCCGCGCACAUCACUCCCGAGUGGAGAAAACAAUACAUCAGUUAUGAAGAGAUGAAGGAAAUGUUGUACGCUGCCAUCGAACAGGUGCCAGCGCCCGAACAAGUGGACCCCGAUUCGCUGUCACGAUAUUAUGCCAAAUUCGACGAAAAGUUUUUCAGUUUUUGCGACAAAGAACUCGCUAAAAUCAACACGUUCUAUUCAGAAAAAUUGGCGGAAGCGACCAGAAAAUUUGCCAACCUCCAGAGUGACCUGAGAGAGGCUCAAGAUGACAAAAUCAAACCUAAAGACGCCAGUGGUAAUCUAAAGCCGGUAAAACGGAAAAUUCUCCGAAAAAACACCACAACUCGUAAGACCCAAGAACUUAAGUUGGCUUUCAGUGAAUUCUAUCUGAGUUUGAUUCUACUGCAGAACUACCAAAAUUUAAACUACACCGGUUUUCGAAAGAUUAUGAAAAAACACGACAAGUUACUGGGCUCGGAGGGCGGCUCCGGUGGUCGCUGGAGAUCGGAAGUUGUAGAAAAUGCCCAUUUCUACUGCAACAAAGACAUCGACCGGCUGAUAAGCGAGACCGAGGCCACCGUCACGCAGGGUCUGGAAGGAGGAGACCGCCAGAGGGCCAUGAAGAGACUGCGAGUACCGCCACUCGGCGAACAGCAAUCACCUUGGAUCACGUUCAAGGUCGGCCUGUUUUCCGGCGCUUUUGUCGUUAUGCUGCUGGCGGUCAUCAUCACUGGCAUUGCUCACAGCAACGAGAACACGGACUGGCGGGUUAUGGUCAGACUGUACCGGGGCCCGCUGCUGUUGGUCAUAUUCCUAUUUCUGAUGGGCAUCAACGUCUACUGUUGGCGUUCGUCCGGUGUCAACCACGUGCUCAUCUUCGAGCUGGACCCCAGGAACCAUCUCACCGAGCAGCACAUCAUGGAGUUGGCCACCGUCUUCGGUCUGGUGUGGGCCGGCUCGGCGUUGAUUUUCUUGUACAGCGAGGCACUGCACAUACCGCCGUACAUAAACCCGCUGAUCCUGGCCGUGCUCAUGAUUGCGUUUCUGUUUAAUCCCACCAAGACGCUACGGCACGACGCCCGGUUCUGGGUGCUGCGCGUGGCGGUACGCAUACUGUUCGCUCCCUUCUUCUAUGUGGGUUUCGCUGACUUUUGGCUGGCUGAUCAACUCACUAGCCUGGUGCCCGCUCUGCUGGACUUUCAGUACCUCGUGUGCUUCUAUUUGACCAACGACAAGUGGAUGUCCAAUAAAAGUCCAUUCUCACUGCUCCGGGACGGGUCCGGGCCGGGCUGUGUAAAUUUUUUACCCGUCCGGGUAGCCCGGGUGUCAGCAUUCACACUAUUCAGGGAUCCGUCCGGAUUCCGGAAAGCCGAAAGUCCAUAUCUAUCGGCCGUACUUCGCCUAUCACUCAUCAGUUGUAAUUAA